AUGGACACCUUAGGUCACGCCUGCAAGAAAUUGAUCAAGAGUCGCAUGGCUGAGAAGUACAACUUAUAUCCUUUUAUGACACUCGAUAACAUCGACAUCCAAGCUCGUAUCCACAAUACACGGAUAGAAUCAACCACCAAAAUGUUUCAUGGGUCUUAUGGAUAUCUACAUUUUUUACCCGGCCAUCUUACAAAAGAUAUUGAUCCAAAUGAGGCCACUGUCGAAAAUCUUCUCAAAUGUGUUGAAAAGAGUCAAUCAGAGCCCUUCGAACCUUCAUCAAUGUUACCUGAUCAGAAAGAUGAUGCGCACUGGACAUUAGUUCUGAAAUCUCAGCUUGCUGAAGCGCUAGUCGAAUACGAGGUCACACCAAAUUCCGCUGCUCACAUUGCCUGUAAAGAAUCACUUGCCCUUGCAAACCAUACAAGCUCGCGAAGUUCUGGUUGA